AUGGGUUUUAGUGGAAGCAGUUUUAUUUUAUUAAAUUGUUUUCUCUUGAGUUUUGCCCUACUUUCUUCUGCAAAGAAGAUUUCAGUUACUUACGAUGGAAGAGCUUUGAAAAUAAAUGGAGAAAGAAAAAUCAUCAUUUCUGGUGCAAUCCAUUAUCCUCGUAGCAGUCCUGGAAUGUGGCCAAUGUUGAUGAAGAAAGCAAAAAAUGGUGGCCUUAAUGCAAUUGAAACCUACGUAUUUUGGAAUGCCCAUGAACCCCAACGUGGCCAAUAUGAUUUUACAGGAAAUAAUGAUCUUGUACAGUUUAUUAAAACAGUACAAAAACAAAGGCUUUAUGCUAUUCUUAGAAUCGGACCUUAUGUCUGUGCUGAGUGGAAUUAUGGAGGGUUUCCUGUUUGGUUGCAUAAUAUUCCGGGCAUCAAGUUCAGGACCAAUAAUCAAGUUUAUAAGGAUGAAAUGGCAAAAUUCACUACAUUAAUAGUAAACAAAAUGAGGGAGAAUAAGCUAUUUGCAUCACAAGGAGGACCCAUCAUUGUUGCCCAGAUUGAAAACGAGUUUGGAAAUGUGGAAGGAUCGUACGGACAAGAGGGAAAAGAAUAUGUGAAAUGGUGUGCUGAAUUGGCGCAAUCUUACAACCUCAGUGAACCUUGGAUUAUGUGUCAACAAGGAGAUGCUCCUCAGCCCAUUAUUAAUACAUGCAAUGGCUUUUAUUGUGACCAAUUCAAACCCAACAACAAAAAUAGUCCCAAAAUGUGGACUGAGAGUUGGGCUGGCUGGUUCAAGGGUUGGGGACAAAGAGAUCCAUAUAGAACGGCGGAAGAUCUUGCCUUUGCUGUUGCACGUUUCUUCCAAUAUGGUGGUUCCUUGCACAAUUACUAUAUGUAUCAUGGUGGAACGAACUUUGGUAGGAGUGCAGGAGGUCCUUACAUUACUACGUCUUACGAUUAUAAUGCACCACUGGAUGAAUAUGGGAAUAUGAACCAGCCAAAAUGGGGACAUUUGAAGCAACUUCAUGAACUUGUGAAGUCUAUGGAGAAAGUUUUGACAUAUGGUGAUGUCAAGCACAUUGAGUAUGGUCAUUUGACAACGGCAACAUCUUAUACCUACAAAGGAAAAUCAAGUUGCUUCUUUGGAAAUGCAGAAAAUAGUAAUAGAGAAAUUACCUUUCGUAAAAGAAACUACACUGUUCCUGGUUGGUCUGUCACUGUUCUUCCUGACUGCAAAACUGAAGUUUACAACACUGCUAAGGUAAACACUCAAACAACAAUAAGAGAGAUGGUUCCAAGCUUAGUAGGAAAAUACAAAAAACCAUUGAAAUGGCAAUGGAGAAAUGAGAAAAUUGAACAUAUUACACAUGAAGGUGAUAUAUCAGGAGUUGCUCUCACUGCCAAUAGCCUUCUUGAUCAAAAGAUUGUCACAAACGAUACCAGUGAUUAUUUGUGGUACCUCACCGGAUUCCAUCUAAAUGGAAACGAUCCACUUUUCGGCAAACGUGUAAAAUUACGUGUUAAGACACGUGGCCAUAUACUUCAUGCCUUCUUCAACAAUAAACAUAUUGGGACACAAUUUGGUCCAUAUGGUAAAUAUAGUUUCACAUUAGAGAAGAAAGUAAGGAAUCUACGGCAUGGAUUCAAUCAAAUUGCUCUAUUAAGUGCCACCGUUGGAUUACCUAAUUAUGGAGCAUACUAUGAAAAUGUUGAGGUGGGAAUUCAUGGGCCAGUUGAAUUGAUUGCUGAUGGAAAAACCAUAAGGGAUUUAUCAACUAAUGAAUGGGUUUACAAAGUUGGUUUGGAUGGUGAAAAAUAUGAGUUUUUUGAUCCUGACCAUAAAUUUAGGAAGCCAUGGCUGUCUAACAAUCUCCCAUUAAAUCAAAAUUUCACUUGGUAUAAGACUAGUUUUCAAACUCCUAAAGGACGUGAAGGAGUGGUAGUGGAUUUAAUGGGCAUGGGAAAAGGCCAAGCUUGGGUUAAUGGAAAAAGUAUUGGAAGAUAUUGGCCAAGUUAUCUUGCUACUGAAAAUGGUUGUUCUUCAAGUUGUGACUACCGUGGGGCUUAUUAUGGUAGUAAGUGUGCUACUAAUUGUGGGAAGCCAACUCAAAGAUGGUAUCAUAUUCCGAGGUCGUAUAUGAACGACGGAAAAGAAAACACGUUGAUUUUGUUUGAGGAAUUUGGUGGGAUGCCAUUGAAUAUAGAAAUUAAAACAACGAGGGUGACGAAAGUUUGUGCAAAGGUUGAGUUAGGAAGCAAACUGGAGUUAACAUGCCAUGAUAGGACUGUCAAAAGAAUUAUUUUUGUGGGCUUUGGGAACCCUAAGGGAAACUGUGACAAUUUCCAUAAGGGUAGCUGUGAUUCGUCAUCUGCCUUCUCAGUUAUUGAAAAGGAAUGUCUUUGGAAAAGGAAAUGUUCAAUUGAGGCUACAAAAGAUAAACUUGGACUUACGGGUUGCAAGAAUCCGAAAGAUAAUUGGCUUGCUGUUCAAGUUAGUUGUUAGGGAUGUUUAUUUAGUUAGGUUUUUAGGGUUGC